CCGGGCCGGGCUGGGCAGGCGGCGCAGGAGGGCAAAGGGGCAGCGGCCGAGAGCGCCGGGCCGCCAUGGUGCUGCUGGUGGUGAUGGGCGUCAGCGGCUCAGGGAAGACUACGGUCGGGACGCGCCUGGCAGAGAAGUUGGGAUGGAAAUUUUACGAUGGAGAUGAUUAUCAUCCUCUAGAGAAUAAGAAAAAAAUGGCAGAAGGGAUACCACUAAAUGAUGAGGACAGGAUUCCUUGGCUUUGCACAUUGCAUGACAUACUGAGGAGAGAAGACACAUCUAGACAAGAUACAAUUCUGGCGUGUUCUGCACUGAAGAAGAUGUACAGGCAUGUGUUAAUUAGUGGAGCAUCUGCAAUUGAAAGCAACCAGCCAGACCAACCAGGAGAAAAACCAGCACUGAAGAUCCUCUUUGUUCAUUUGGAUGGACCUAAGGACAUCAUUGCUGGCCGCCUGGAGAAGAGGAAAGGUCAUUUUAUGCCACUUGAACUUCUCAAGUCUCAGUUUGAUACUCUAGAGCCACCUAGUGCACCAGAAAACUUUAUUACUAUCAGUCUAGAAAAAUCUCUCCCAGAAAUAGUGCUAGAGAUUGAGAGCCAUUCUUCAGAAUGAGGCUUUGCUAGAGUAAUUUUCUGCAUUGACAGAUAUAAAAUUUCCCUGAAAGAUAACAAGGCUAUGAGACAGGGUUUUAAUUAUUAAAUUAAUUAUUAAACCAACUUAUUUUAAGAGCUGGUUUACUAUUCGGAUUUUUUAUUGUGGCUCUGUAAAAGACAUGUAAGAUGUAAUUUGCAAGAACUGUUAACUUUUAAGCUAUUCACUCUCUGAAGUUAAAAUUCUCAUUUUAGUAAGCCUGCUUUUGAAAAUCCUGGCAAGGGUCACACAGAAUAAUUUAUUUUCUUAAUUUUAAUAUUUACUCUGUCAGACACUGAGAUGCGUGCAUCUGCUAUUACAAGAGUAAAUAAUUUACAGCUUUGUUAAAAGUAACAUCAUUUUCCUAGAAGAGGCAGGAAUAUGCACAAUUGUUGGAGUGUGAAAAACAGAGGCCUGAGUUCCUCAGAGAGAGAUCAAAAUCCACGGUUUGAAUUAAAGCCUUUAGACAAAUUAAAAUAUAUUAAGCCACACAGACAUGAAAUAAAACUGUAAGCUUAGGUUUGAAGUAAGUUAGUUAGUUGAAGUAAGUAAGAAUAUGUUUUAAAUGCCUUAAAGAGCAAAAGUGUUAGAAUCUAGUGUAAAAAAAAAGCUUCAAAAACAAGCUUCAGUAAGAGCUCAAAAACAUAGUUCUAGACAUAAUAAAAAUAUAGUAAGAAUAUUGCUUACAUUCUUCAGAUAGAACAGAUAGGCUAGAUGCGCACAUUAUACGUAAACUUUCAUCUUACAGAAACCAGAAUUCUAAAAUGUUUAGAAAAAAUGCUUCAGGUUCGUGUUUUAAGCUCAUUGGGUAACUUGUAAAUAGAAUCCUUGUAUUGGAGUGAGAGCAUUCUCUUGCUGUCUCUCCCCUCUCCUCACUGUCAUCAUCACCGCUCAGAAGACAGGAGCUGCUGCUGCAACCUUGGCCCUCUCAGGGCCUUGCAUCAGGAGCUGCUUCUAUUUCCAGUUGGGACUUUACUUCUAAUUGGGAUUCUAUGCCAAAAGCUUUUAGCAUGGACUUUAACACUUGGGACUCUUUGUCUUUUGAGACUGAUGUGCUUUUAUAAUUUUACAGCAACCAACAACUGCUCUGCUCUUUUGAAGACUUAAACCCAUAACAAUCUCAACACAUGAUGAAGUUCCAUAAUGACACUACCCCUGUCUCACUGCCAGAUUUUCAAGUUGUAGGUUCUGUGUUUGUAUCCUUGUUGACCUCCCCAGAGCACUGAUGACUUCAUGAGAAUCUCUCUGAUCUCUUACUGUAUGCAUUGACCACCAAGCUGAAAAAUGUGAGAGAAAAAAAAGGUAGUGGUGGUGAUGCAAUAUAUAAAAUUUAAUUGAAUGGAAAGCUUUAGAAAUAAAACAUAAGUGGCCUCCUACUGGCUCGGAACUUGGAGCUUACGUGCACAAAGCGUACACAUUGCAGUCAAGUGUGAGUCAACCAGCAAUUUAAGGUACUGAAAGAUUGAUAGACAUUUCUUUCUUUCUGAAAACUUACUCUUUCACAGUUGGACCUUCCACUUUGCUUCUCAAUGCUGGUGGACACCUCAGUGCAUGUCAAUACAAUUACUUUAAAGCUCUUGAUUAAACUAUUCCUAAUACAUAUUUUUCUCAUAUCUUUUUUUGAUGAAGACAAGAAGAAAAUUCCAAAUACCUGAUCAGUCACCCAGCUCACAGAAUUUAAGGUUAAAGUCCUUUUUCACCACAAGGGUUUUUUCAAAAAGUACUUCAUCUUGUGUUAUACAAGACAUGCUUUUUCAGCCUAAUGUUAGGAAAACUUCAGAUACUUUCUUUAAGAAAGAUUUGAGUCUUGUCCAGUUGAAGACAUCUCCAUGUGCUAACACAUACGGAUAUUUUGUGUGUGUCAUGCAAUUUUUUUUUUAUUCCUGGGAUGAUAGAUGAACUCCUGUAGAAGAACACCUCAUGUUUGAAAGCAUCUUUAGUGUAAUUUUUACCUGAGUAAGUAGUUGAAAAGCAUUAGUCAUGGUUCUUGCUAUGUAUGAAAAUAAUAAGGGCUUUGUGGUUUACAAGGCCAACUACUUUACUUAAAUUAGUGUAAUAAAUGGGCAUUCUCCUACUGAAAGUAGCAAUUUUUAGACACAAAGUUUAGGGAUUUUAGGCAUUAAACUACCCAGAAAUGGUGUUUUCUGUUUUUUGUGACCUGAAGGGAGAGUACCAGGCAGUUACUGGUUGUAGUCUGUUGCUGUACACUACAGGGUGCUCUCACCUUAGAACCUGUUUUUUCCUUAAGCCAGGGUGCAAGUUUAAGACACAGAGGCAAACUUAAGUGCAAGAGACAAGGAUGUCUGUAUGCUUCUCAAUACCCUCAGAUUUCAGAGCCUCCUUUAGACCAAGUGACUUGUCACACUUGUACAAAUUUUGGAGGUACGAAAAUCAUAGACACAGCACCCUCUUGUGGCACUUCUGCUGUUAAUGAGGUCUUCAUAUUUUCCAAUACACCAUUUUAGAAAAGGUUGACUAAUGUAUCCAUUAUUAAAUACAGAUUUAUGCUUACCUUCUUUCACACACAAUAAAGCCAGACCAAGGGACUGUACAGCAGCUGCAUCUUGGCACACACAGAUACAAUCAGACCUUUAAAUGAUUUUUUUUUAAAAAGACAUUUUAAAGUGUGAGCUCUGAGAAGGCCAGACUGAUUUUCAGAUCUACUUGUCUGCAUUUAUAGAAUACUCGCAAAGUGGCUUCACCAACAGAAAACUGUACUUAACAGUUAAAAAAAUCUCUAGAGAGUUUUAUGUAAGCAAUUUGUAUUUUGGAAGGCUUCUAAACAAAGUAGUAUGUUCAUACUUACAGGCAGUUCAUAUACUUCUUCAAAUUAGGUCAGGGUAUUUCUCAGUCUUUGCUUCUAUGUUGGGACUAUUUCCUUCCCUUGCCCUCUUAAUAUAUUUACAUUUUGCUUUUGCUUAAAAGAUACUGCAAAGAAGAUUGUUGUCAACAUAAUCAGUUGUCUGUUACCUGCUAUUCUGAAAGACAACAAAGCAUUACUUCUGUUUACUUGUAUUCUGUGCAUUACAAAUAAAUAGAUUAAGAUGCAAAUUAUCCCAAUAUCAACCACAUAAAACUACUCUCAGAUUUUAAUCAAGCUGUGCAAGUGUGCAGUGGAAGAAAAAGGUGGCAGAACAAUCCUGCCCAAACACAAUCCUACAUUUCAUUUACUUGAUUUUGGUUUCAUUUGUUGGUUUUCUUUUGUUGUGAGGGUGUAUUUUUUGGUUUUGUUGUUCUUUUGUUUUUAAACUAACACCACUAUUCUAGGAAUGUCAUAUUGAGGUUAGUUGGGCAGGCUAUUAAUAUUUAGUACAACUUACCCGGAUGCAAGUGCUUUGUGUGUAUUUUGAAAUGUAUUUAGCAAAUGCAGCAAAAACUGAGGAGGAAACACCUGGAGUUAGAAAUUGCUUUCCCUGUGUCUAAGCACAAAUUAUCUAUGCAAGGUACAUGGACUAGCUAUCCUCAUGAAUUUGUGCUAAGCACAGUAAGUAACAUGCUGUGUAAAUAUUGUACCUACUGCAGUAUAAAUAUUUUUCAGUGCUAAAAUGAGGAAAUAACAAUGAAAUGCUAUCUAUGCUGAACUGCACAAGUCAUCUAAACAAACAAAGAAACAGA